GUAAAUGUUUGAGUAAAUGUGAAUGACUGCCGCCCACAUCUCAAAAUAUCUGGCCACGUGGCACUCUUCAUAACAAUACUUUCAAGUUUCAGCAUUAUCCCCAUUACUACACAAAAAUUUCUCAACUGAAAAUCUCCAAUUCAAAAAUCCACUCUCACAUCCUUCCAAUCCAAUGGAUUCCGCAUCUCAAUCUCAACAAUGGCGAAGGCCUCGCCUCAACACUUACGCCCUCGCCUGCGCCCUCUUGGCCUCCACCAACUCCAUCCUCUUAGGCUACGACAUCGGAGUAAUGAGCGGCGCAGCUCUCUUCAUCAAACAAGACCUCAAAAUCUCAUCAAUUCAGCACGAGAUUCUCGUCGGCUCUCUCAAUUUAUUCUCCUUGAUCGGCUCUCUAGCCUCCGGCAAGACCUCCGAUUGCAUCGGCCGCCGCUACACGAUCGUCCUAGCCGCCGCCGCUUUUUUAGCCGGGGCGCUGCUGAUGGGGCUGGCGCCGUCCUACCCCUUCCUCAUCGCCGGAAGGGCGGUGGCCGGGGUCGGGGUCGGGUACUCCCUCAUGAUCGCGCCGCUCUACACGGCGGAGGUCUCCCCCGCCACCACCCGCGGCUUCCUCACCUCGCUCCCCGAGGUCUUCAUCAACGUCGGCAUCCUCCUCGGCUACGUCGUCAACUACGCCCUCUCCGGCCUCCCCCCGCGCUACAACUGGCGCCUCAUGCUCGGCCUCGCCGCCGUCCCCGCCGUCGGAAUAGCCGCCGGCGUCAUGGCCAUGCCGGAGUCGCCGCGGUGGCUGGCCAUGAUGGGCCGCGCCGACGAGGCCCGCGCCGUGCUGCGCCGAAUCUCCGCCAGCGACGAGGAGGCCGAGACCCGCCUCGAUGAGAUAACCAAGUGCGCGGAUACAUCCGGACAACAAAGCCAAAGCGUUUGGAGGGAGCUCCUCAGGCCCCCGCCGCCGCUCAGAAGAGUUCUGAUAGCGGCGGUGGGGAUCAAUUUCUUCAUGCAGGCGUCGGGAAACGACGCCGUGGUGUACUAUACGCCGGCGGUGUUCGAUGCCGCCGGAAUUCACAGCCGGAAAGGGGUGGUGGGAGUGACGGUGAUUAUGGGGGUGGUUAAAACCACUUUUGUUUUGAUAUCGGCGCUAUUCCUGGAUCACUACGGGAGAAGGCCGUUGUUGUUAUUGGGCGCGAUGGGCCAGGCUGUGUCGCUGUGUGGGCUGGGCCUGGGGUCGAAAUUUCUGGAGCAUAGGGCCCAGAAACCAGUGUGGGCCAUCGUGGUGUGUGUGAUCGCGGUGUGCGCUGACGUGUCAUUUUUCUCGAUUGGGCUGGGGCCCAUCACGUGGGUGUACUCGUCUGAGAUAUUUCCGACCCGGUUCAGGGCGCAGGGGUCGAGUCUGGCGGUGUCGGUGAACCGGCUGGUUAGCGGGGUGGUGUCGAUGUCGUUUCUCAGUGUGUCGGAGAAGAUUAGUUUUGGGGGGACGUUUUUGGUGUUGAGUGGGAUAAUGGUGUUGGCUUCCAUUUUCUUCUACUUUAUGUUGCCUGAGACAAGAGGGAAGACUCUAGAGGAGAUAGGGGAGCUAUUUCAGGAUAAACAUCCCAAGACAAGUAUACAAAUGAACUGAUACUCAUUCUUUUAUUGGGUAACAAAUUAUUAGGUUGUAUUCGUUGAAUUGAAAUGAAAUUCAUCGUGAUAUAAGCUUCAAGCGUUAUUGCUUCUCAAUUUAUGUAUUGAUAAAUACAUGGUUGGUUAUGCCUUUCUUUGAUACA